AUGUCCAACGCCAACACCACUACCAAGACUACCAACAACGCCCAGCUCUACACCUCCAAGUUACCCGUCGGGGCCAUCAUCACCCACUGUACCACUCCAGGCACAAUCGCGCUCACUUUCGACGAUGGUCCGUACAUCUACACCCCCCAGAUACUAGAUAUCCUCGCCGAACACGGCGUAAGAGCAACCUUCUUCCUCAACGGCCAUAACAGAGGACACAUUGAUACCUCUACCGAGAUAGUGCAGCGCACAUUGAUGGAAGGGCAUCAGCUCGGGUCUCACACAUGGAGGCACCUCUCCCUCGACACUCUACCAUACGAAGAAAUCAUACAACAGAUGAUAAUCCUCGAAGAAGCCUUCAUGCGCAUUUUAGGCUUCUUUCCAACCUACAUGCGUCCCCCGUUCCUCAGACAUACGCCCGUCGUCCUUGGCGUCAUGGCUGAUCUGGGAUACCAUGUCAUCGGGGCUAGUGUUGAUACAAAGGACUAUGAGAACGAUAAUCCUGAGACAAACUGGGUCAGUUUCGAGAAGUUCAAGAGGGAGGUUGAUGCUGGUGGGACGAUUGUGUUGGCGCAUGAUGCACAUCAGUAUACGGUCGAGAUUUUGGUAGAAAAUAUGCUCGCUGAUAUUGAGAGGAGGGGAUUGAGUGCUGUUACUGUUGGCGAGUGUCUUGGUGAUCCGUCUGAGCACUGGUAUCGUGCUGAAAGGUAG